GAACGGCCUCAAGUCGCAGUUCACUAUCAGAACUGUCUGCCGGAGACCGUAUCUGUUGUAUCAAUAGUAGUAGGUUCCAGUCCUCGCGGUAUUAGACAACAGGCUCGUUCUGAAGCAACGACAAACGUCGCUUGUGGCACGCCAUUCCAGACACACGAAAAGUUUUCUUCGACCACAGCACCGCCGAUAAUGGGUAGCAACCGUGAAAUAAAAGUGCUCUCCGAGCUGAGUGCAACGUCGUCAUCUACAGCAGGAAGCAGUGGUCCACACGAUCCUACUUUUCUCGGCGAAAAAGUGCACACUAGUGAAAAUAAGGCUGAACGUCGCGAGUAUCACAGUUUCGACGAGUUCCCUACAGACGCUCGCAAAUACAUCGAUGAGCUGCUCGGUCCUGAGGCGAAAACGAAAUUCGACAAUAUUUCGGUUGUGAGCGAAGAGACAACAAGGUACUCACAGCCGGAAGUGAGCGUCGUAAACAUCAGCCAUAAGAAGAUCGUUGAAGAAAAUCGAAAAAUUCCGGUAGUUGACGAACGCGCGAUGUCAUCUCAACAGACGACUGAACAAACGUCAAUCUCCUCUCGUGACAACACAUACAAGGAGGAGACAAAAACGUUUACAAAGGAUAUGCUCGACCAGCUUCCAGAGGAGUGCAAAAAAUAUAUCAAUGACUUCAUGAAUAGUCAGGGGAUGCAAAAUAAGAAUAUCGAGCACGUGACUGUUCAUACGACAAGAGAAAACACCACAUCAACCGGGUAUACCAACGAUAUCCCCGACCUACAGGUUAAGAAUUGUCUUCAGUCACACGACAAAAUUGUCGUUGAAAUCGAUGCGUCAGGUUUCACCGCUGAGGAUAUCUCCAUGAAGGUGAGCGGGCGCAAUCUCGUGAUCCAGGGCAAAAAAGAGGGACCAGAUCCUCGUGAUCCAGCUACAACACUUCGUAAGGAGCUUAAAAGAGACAUCGUUAUGCCGCCUGGAGUAGAUGCCGCACACGUAACUUGCUCCCUGUGCGCUAAUUCAGGAAAGCUGACGGUUAUAAUCCCUUUCCCGCAGCCGGUCGGGGGAGAAUACACAAUCCCAAUCAAGACAAUUUGAAAAUGUAAAUUUUCAGCCUUUCAACCAUUGCAUUCUAAAUUUCGCACUACGUACCUGCUUUGGUUAAGCCUAAUCUCACUCUCCAAAAAAAACGCCAGCAUCUGUCUGUUUUGUUUAACUAGUUUAUGUACUGUGUAUUAUCGACCGUGCCUCUUGCUAGGUAAUUGGGUAAACACCACUUUAUCUCUGAAUUGGCAAGAAUGAGAUGCGAAAUGUUCUAGUUGCCCGGACCCGGGCCGCUAUCAUACUCUAAUGACAGAAUUAUUAACAAACAGGUAAUGUGUUAAAUAGCUGAUUAACAGACUCAUAGUCAUUCCUAUGAAAUUUUUCCUAUGAAAACUAGCUAAUACUAAUGAAAGGCUAGUCACUUGAAUACAGAGCACUGCAACUGAAUAAAACAACAAACACAAACCGCUUAUCAGAUUCCAGCACUUUGGUCCAAAUAAAUAGUACCCAUUUGGGUAACCAUGUUUC